AAAGACAAAUGCCUUCCGGGAUCGCUCGUCUGAGAAGUAAGGAGAACAGAAGAGAGCAGAGGAGAGGAGAAGAGAUGGGAGGAUUGCCGGGGGUGAGGGCGUUGCCGUUCACGUUCGCGUCGCACGUGCUGGCGGCGGCGGCGGCGGCGAUGGUGCUCGUGUGGAACAUCCAUUUCCGGGGAGGGCUCGCCUUCGAGUCCACCAACAAAAAUCUCAUCUUUAAUGUUCAUCCGGUUCUUAUGACAAUUGGAUUCAUUAUCAUGGGAAGUGAAGCUAUAAUGAGUUACAAAGCUUUCCCCUGGAGUCAUGAAGUACGUAAAGUGGUUCAUUUGGUUCUUCAUGCAAUUGCUCUUGUACUUGGAGCUGUGGGAAUCUAUUGUGCAUUCAAGUUUCAUAACGAAAGUGGAAUUGCUAAUUUGUACAGCUUGCAUUCCUGGGUUGGGCUUGGUACUAUCUGCUUAUAUGGCAUUCAGUGGAUUUUUGGCUUUGUCACCUUUUUCUUUCCUGGUGCUGCCCCAACUCUCCGUCGUGAUGCUCUUCCUUGGCAUGUAUUUUUUGGGCUCUUCGUCUACAUAUUGGCCUUGGCCAGUGCAGAAUUAGGCUUUCUGGAGAAGCUCACUUUCCUACAGAGCACAGGCCUCGCCAAGUAUGGUUCAGAAGCCUUCCUCGUAAAUUUCACAGCUCUUGUUGUGAUAUUGUUGGGAGUCUCUGUUGUGAUAUCUGCUAUUGCUCCUGCCCACAUUGAAGAUCCCCAUAGUUAUACUGCAAUAUCAGAAAAUUAGUAUAUUUUAAAAAUUCUCUGAUGACCAUGAUUCUCUCUUAUCGAAACAUUAUCACUUCUACAUAUAUUUACCUCUGCAUAUCCUUCUAUAUUAGGCUUGCAUGACCCCCUCUUGAGUAAUUUGUUGGUUGAAUGGAUCUUUGAAAGAGGGAUUUGUAUGGGCUCUUUUGUAUGCAAAGUUUCUAUCCUGCUGAGAAAAGCAAACAUCUAAUUGAAUCACUUGCUUUUGCAAUCUGUAUUGUCUUUAAUUAAUUAUCUUUUCUUCUACGUUGCCUUUCAGUGGAACUUAAAUCAUAUUUAAAAUAUUUUGAACAUUGUAA